AUGGACCCGAAUGUGGGAUCUCGGCAGAUGGAACAGGUGCAACAGCAACAGCAGGAAGUAGUGAAUCCCACGCGGUGGUCGUGGAAUCUGUACCCUGCCAACAGGAUUGAUGCCGCACGGAUGGUGGUGCCCCUCGGCUGUGUCUAUGCGCCGAUCGGAUCCCCUUGCCUGGAGCUAUACUAUGAUCCUCUGCGCUGUGUGUGUGGUGGUGUCUUAAACCCGUAUUGUGUCAUCGACUACAGGUCGAGUACAUGGGGUUGUCCCUUGUGUGGGACCAAGAAUAAUUUUCCGCCGCAGCACGCCCAUAUGUCAGAGCAUAACUUGCCGUCGGAGCUGUUAAGGGGAAAUGAGAUGGUGGAAUACACGACCAUUGUGAAGCGUGACCCGCCGGCAUUUGCCUUUGUUGUAGAUACAUGUGUGGAUACCGAGGGUGAACUCGAUGGGUUAAAAGAAUUUGUGAUGUGCGCCCUCAGCAAGAUCCCCCCUGAGGCGCGGGUCUGUGUCAUUACUUAUGGGACCACAGUGCAGAUACACGAGCUGAGCGGGGCAACGGAGUACCCUCGCUCGUUAGUUCUGCGUGGGAGUCAAGAAGUCACCGUGGAGACACUCAAGAAGGUUAUGAGGGAACCGAAUCGGUUUGUUGGUGCCCUCGCUGACGUAUCAUUAACGGUAUCGUCCAUUAUUGAGGAGGUGCAACAGGAUGUGUGGCCUGUGUCGAAGUCACACCGCCCGCUGCGCUGCACUGGCGCCGCACUCUCUGCCGCUGCGAGUGUCCUUGAGAUUAUGUCUCCGAACACUGGAUCUUGCAUUCUCGGCUUUAUCUCGGGUAUCUGUACGCAAGGGCCAGGCAUCGUCGUUGAGACGACCCGCGAGAAGUUCAUCCGCGGCCACGCCGACAUACGAGACAAUACAGAGGCUGCAUCGUUUUGGGAAUCGUCCUGUGCGUUCUACGACUCCCUCAUGCAGCGAAUUGUCAAACAGGGGCAUUCGCUCAGUUGUUUUACUGCCUCCUUGGAUCAAACUGGUAUGGCAGAGAUGAAACUGUGUAUUCAAGCUUCUGGAGGUGUCGUUCUCAACGACGAGUCAUGGCGAAAGGAGCCCUUCCGCCAGUCGCUGCAUAGCUUCUUCGAGCGGAAAGACGACGGUACGCUGAAGAUGGGCCUUAACGUCACGAUGGACGUCAUCACUUCGUCGACGUGGAAGGUUAUGGGGGUCAUUGGGCAGUGCGUUGGCACAGGCAAGAAGUCGUCAUCGGUGGCUGACUACGAAUUAGGAAUGGGCGGCACGUGUCAGUGGACCACGUGCAUGAUAGACUCUUCUACGAACUUCGCCAUCUACUUUGACACAACUGCAGCGGCACCGUCAGAAGCGGCGAAACACCCUGUGCGAUAUGUGCAGUUUGUUACCAAAUAUGAGAUAGGCAAUGAGGUGCGUACACGUGUAUACACGGCAAUACACCAAGCGCAAGGUGUCACGAGCAUGCCUGAACUGGCGGCGUCAUUUGACCAGGAGGCGGCCGCAGUUUUGCUGGCGCGUGAGGCUCUGCAUCGAGCCGAUACCACGCCACUGUUUGACGUCCUACGCUGGCUGGACCGAACAGUGGUGCGCCUUGUUAGCCGCUUCGGUGACUACCUCAGGGAUCAGCCCUCUACACUCAAACUUCCGCAGCAAUUUGUUUUUUUCCCUGCCUUCAUGUACCAUCUACGACGAUCCGCGUACUUGCAGGUGUUUAACUGUAGUCCAGAUGAGACCGCCAUACUGCGUUUGAUGCUUCUCAAGUCAUCCGUACCGGAUUCGAUUAUCCAGAUUCAGCCCACGCUAUAUAGCUACCGCAUGGAUGCGCCACCGCAGCCUGUGCUGCUAGACAGCGCUGCCAUCCAGCCUGACAACAUACUUCUCCUUGAUACCUUCUUUGAAGUUCUUAUUCACCUCGGCUCCACCAUCGCGGCAUGGCGGAAGGCCGGGUAUGCCGAGCAGGAGGAGUAUGCCUACUUUAAGGAGUUCUUGCAGGUACCUGUGGCAGAUGCGGAGGUGCUUGUGGCGGGCAGGUACCCCACACCCCGCUUUAUCUUCGUAUGUCAGGAUGACCCCGAUGCGCGAAUCCUUUAUAAUAGGAUCAACCCGAGUCGUUCUUACGGCAGUGAAGGUAAUCAGAAAUACGGCACAAAUGAGGGGGAGCUGGUGUACACAGAUGAUGCAUCGCUUGGGGUGUUCAUGGAACAUUUGAAAAAGCUUGCGGCGUCACAAUGA